AGUGACGUCACCGAACCGAGUUACCAUCUCCUACGGGCAGCAGCUGCUCGGGUUGGAGAACCAGAACGAGCCCGAGCGCGCGCGACAGAGAACCCGGAGCAGCAGCGGCGACACCCGGAUCCCUGAGAACCUCCCACCCCACCCCGCCCCUGCCCGACCCAGGACCACGGCGCCAUGCCCUCCGACCGGCCCUUCAAGCAGCGGCGAAGCUUCGCUGACAGAUGCAAAGAAGUGCAGCAGAUCCGCGAGCAGCACCCCAGUAAGAUCCCGGUGAUCAUCGAGAGAUACAAAGGGGAAAAACAGCUGCCUGUCCUGGACAAGACCAAGUUCCUUGUCCCUGACCACGUCAACAUGAGCGAAUUAGUGAAGAUCAUCCGCCGCAGACUCCAACUUAACCCCACUCAGGCCUUCUUCCUGCUGGUGAACCAGCACAGCAUGGUGAGCGUCUCCACACCCAUCUCAGAGAUCUAUGAGCAGGAGAAGGACGAAGAUGGCUUCCUCUACAUGGUUUAUGCCUCCCAGGAGACCUUUGGCUACUGAGCAAAAAGGGGCAGGGAGUACCCUGGCCCUGGGAAGAUAGCAGCUGGGGAGGGGGCAGCCCAGUCCCCUACUCCAGAACUAUAAAGCUGCCUCUCACUACCCCCUCUCUGGGCCCCUUCCCCAGGACCCAAAGCAGGAGUGGUUGGCUUAGAUCAAUGCCAAACUAAGACUUUGCCCACCCAGGGCUGGAGCAGAACAGAAGACAUCCUGUGUCAACAAGGAAUUUUCAUCUAUCCCAACUCUGGACACAUAUCAACUCUCGGUGCUACCCCCAGAUGCUAGAACUUUGGGGGCCGCUCUGUCUGUCUGUGUGUCUGUAGGUGGGGGGAUGAGAAUAUAGAUAUAUAGCUAUAUAUGGCUGCCCCCUCCCAGUUCUGAAGGUGGCCUCUGUUGAAAGUGGGGGAGGGGUGGGGGAGAGGGGGUGGGCACCUGUGGCCUUGGCCCUGCCUUGGCUCUGGUCUGUUUUUUUUUUUUAGGCACCUGUCCCUCCCGUCUUUAUUGCAUGCAGUUUGGACCCGUCCCAUGCUGGCAGCCACUCCAAGGACUGAGCUUCCCCUUUCGACUACAACCCUGCCUGCUGUUCCUUCCACGUUAUGUACCACAGUGUCCUGGAGCACCAGCCUAUUUGAGCUACCGUUACUGUGUAUAAAUAAAGAGAAAUUCAAGUCCUACCCA